UCGCCAGUCCAUUUACAGUCAACUUCUUAUUCUUUAAUUUCCAAAAAAAAAAAGAAAAAAAAAAAAACCCUUUCUUCUCAAUGUCCUCUCAAAGUCUCCCAAUCUCAGAUCCACAAUCAACAGCCACCGUCGGUAAUGGCGCGUGGUCAACCACGAUCUCCACUUCCCCCGCCCUACGCGCCUUCAUCGCGCGCUUAACCGAAUCAACACGACGCGCCUUCGAACGCCGUCGCCCGUGGUACGAACUAAUCGACUACACGGCGUUUUCGAAACCGGAAUCACUUUCCGAUGCCACGUCACGCAUCCGGAAAAACUACAAUUACUUCCGUGUUAACUAUAUAACUUUGUUAACUGCUGUUCUAGCUUUCUCGCUUUUUUCUCAUCCUUUCUCCUUGUUAACCAUCGUUUCUCUCAUCGGCGCGUGGAUGUUCCUCUACCUAUUCCGCGCGUCGGAUCAGCCUGUAGUUAUCGCCGGCCGUACGUUUUCCGAUCGCGAGAUUUUAGGAAUAUUAUCGCUAUUUACGAUCUUCGUUGUGUUUCUGACGAGCGUUGGAUCGUUGCUGAUGUCAGCGACGUUGAUCGGGUCAGGUAUUAUUGCUGUUCACGGCGCGUUUAGAGAUCCGGAGGAUUUGUUUCUUGAUGAGCAGGAGAACGCCGGCGUCGGACUGUUUUCGUCGUUUGGAAGCUCGGCGACUUCCGCCGCCGUUGCCGAUGUGAUGGCGCGUGUUUGAAUAUGAACUUGAUUUCUGAGAAGUGAAUUGUUAUUAUCUGGUAUCAUUAUCAUCAUUGUUUUGUUAUUGUUUCUAGAUAAUUGAAUUGUGUAAGGAAAGAUCCGAUAGAAUUACUAUGAAAUUUUGGCUACUUAAUAAGUAGUAAUCUGUAUGGAUUAUUAUUUACUGGUAAUUCUAUUUGUAACUGAUUCAUUUAAUUUUUGUUAAUUGAAAAUCUGUCAAUGAAAUUACAGUAUUCAUAUCA